UCCUCCAAACACAGUUUUCCUUCGUGUGCGACUACCAUCAAUCCUAGAAUUGCCUCUGGUGCACAUCGACUGUGAGUCAGGAACCAAUAAAGGUGACUCCCAAUGGUACUGCGGUUUCUGGUAGCGAUGGUGGGAUGCUGGCACGGACUUGUCCCCACGCACUCUCUCGAUUUACGGAGACACGCCACCACCUCUGUGGCCAUGGAUCGGCGGCACCUGUUGCGACAGACUUUAGGAAUCUUGCCGAUUGCCACGUCGGUGGUGACUGUCGAAAAGGUGAACGCCUUGGAGGCCAACGGUCUUGCGGCACGUCUGCAAAAGAAAGAUCCAGCGCUACUCAAGAAUCGUAUUUUCAACAUUCCGCCAGCCGCACAGGUGUACCCGUCCUGGUUGCGGGGCUCUUGGAAGGUAUCCUCCAACCUGAACGGUUACUUGUUUCCGUCAAGAAAAAUAACAAAAGAGAGGGUCACGCAGAACCCCGUUGUACCGGGCUUUCAAAAGUGUUCGGUCGUAACUACAGCCGAUAUUGGGAAGGAAGGAGUCGAAUACGUGUGGAGGAUUGAUGCGUCCACGGGUCUCGAGGAUCGAACGGCCAACUUUCCAGCAGCUAUCAAUGCCUAUCUAGGAUACAAAGCAGUCAAUGACGUCGUCUACGAUGCGAGAGCCAACCCGAACAGAAUAUCGAUCGAUUUUGUGGAUUAUAAAACCGUCAAUGCAGAGCGCGUUGAACUCUUUUGCAACGCUCGCGAAUCGGAAACGUACACGGACGCGACGACCAACGAGCCCAUUUUUGUGUGUAGAGAAUACGCGAGACAAGUGACCUUCGGGGCGGGUUCGACCGUCGGAGUUCCGCGACAAGUGGGCACCAACUAUGCACACUUUUGGACGUGGAAGCAACAGGGUACCGAUCGGAUCGUUGGGAAUUUGCUAACCGCCGGCUUUUUGGACCCACAGGAUUCCCUGUAUUUCGAAGAACCUACGCUACCCGUGGUCAUAUACAGCCAUCUGAUGAAAGGACAGCGAAUAUCCACGUAG